AUGUCAGCGAACAUCCGGGCAGAAGGUACCGACGACCAGAAAGAUUUGACGGUCUUCGCAGGUGUCCAGUGCACCUCUCCUGCGGAAGAAAAGAUGAUGAAGCCUGGAAGGGCAGGUCGUGCAUCUUUCCAGGAGCAUGACGUGCUGCUGAGAGGCCCUCAGCCAGUUUUAUCGCAAAGGCACCAUCGGUCGUUCUCCUUCGAGACUUCUCAGUCUUCAAACCUUUCAGCUUCGUGGGGCAGCUCUACGUCUGAGACGAGACGAGGGGCAUGGCCACUGCAACCUGGCCCGGUGGCAUCACAAACGCUGGGGUCCCGCGUCUCGGACAGUAUGGGAAUUCUGGAGAACGCUGAGAGGCUCCAGCCGGUUUGUCCAAAGGCUCCAGAGAAUGCUGGGUUUGUGACUCUACGAAUCACUCCUCAGCACUUCAGCCCACUGGGGACCACUUUCCGGGAUGUCCAAGUUGGCUUUCAUUCGAACAGCUUCGUUGUCAGAGCCGUUGAUUACGAAGGAUAUGCUUGGACGGCUUCUUCAAGCAGCCUUCCGGGAGGCCUUGUUGUGGACUGCUGCAAGUUCAAGAUCGAUCCGACUGGCAAGGAUGUGACUAUCCAUCUCUGCAAGGCAGAUAGGGAUCCGAAGUGGUGGAGCGUGACCUGCCUAGAGCUAAA